AUGUAUUUUUUGUUUCUUGUUGUCAGCGCGCUAGGGAGUGUGUGUGGCGACGGUGUAUAUUCUUCAACUGAAGAGUGUGAGGGUGUUGCCCACUGCACAAGCGAGUGUUUAUGUGAAGAUAAUUAUUUUUCCAUUGCUGGUGUCAAUCGGUGUAUUCCAGAGUGUUCUAUUAAAGGGUGUGCUGGUGAGUGUGUGAGUCCAAACGAAUGUUUAUAUUGUGAUGGAGAAGGUUACCAAUCUUCUUGUGCGUCUUGUACUGAUAAUUACACGUCGAAUGGGUAUUUAGAAUGUGUUCCCUUUGAAUAUUCCCAAAUGAAGUUCUGUGCAGAUCAAGCCCCACAAUUCACUAUUAAUAUACCAGAUAAUUACACACAAAUAAUUCAACAUAUCAAUCCGUUCGAUUGGGUUUUGUCUGAAACGGCUUGCUCUCCUUUGACUCGACUCACAUCCCCCUUUCUCACAGGACAGUGGUUUAAACUUGAUAUGAAUUAUUCAGGGUUUAUAUCAAUAGAAACUUCUGCCCAAUAUUCACAGAGCGACAUUAAUUACAUUCGGUUGAAUCAAGUGAAAACGGGAACAGACACAAUCAUUGCUGUUUUAAGAAAUUGUCCGUCAGAACUUGGAGAAGUGUCCGACUGUGCUUAUGAAAAUGAUGAUGUUGAUGAUUAUAUUCUUGCAAGCAGUUUAACAAUCCCAACUGAAAGAACAUAUUAUUUAUUUGUCCACUCGCCAGACCCCAAAAACACACAAAGCUUCGACUUGUUUAUUAGACGUGUCAUCCACCCAUGUAGUAAAUCUUCAGAGGAAAUUUCGUGGAACAGAGUUGCGAAGGAUGGAUAUUCAUUUCGUAUUAAUACGGACAAUUCAGUAUAUUCAGACUCGGCUUGUGUGAAACUC